AUGAUAUGGCGAUACAGUACUGUUGCUGAAUUGCUUUCUCUGAUGGCUCUAUGGUUGUGGAUAUCACUGAGUAUUCAUUGCUGGAAUUUAUCUGUUGCUGCUGUUUCAGAUCAGCAUGCCACCAGCCCCUUUGACUGGCUGCUAUCUGAUAAAGGACCCUUUCACCAUUCACAGGAAUACACAGAUUUUGUGGAGAGAAGCCGUCAAGGAUUUACCACAAGAUACAAAAUUUACAGGGAAUUUGGACGUUGGAAGGUGAAUAAUCUUGCAGUGGAAAGAAAAGAUUUUUUAGGCUCUCCUUUGCCUCUUGCCCCUGAAUUUAUACGAAAUAUAAAACUUCUUGGACGAAGACCUACUCUCCAGCAAAUAACCGAAAAUCUGAUUAGAAAAUACGGAACUCAUUUUCUUUUGUCAGCUACUCUUGGAGGAGAAGAAUCACUUACAAUUUUUGUGGACAAGAGGAAGCUUAGUAAAAGCUUGGAAACUACAGAUCCGAUUAGUAACAGCUCUUCUGUGACUCUGGAGACUCUUCACCAGCUAGCUGCCUCUUACUUUAUAGAUAGAGACAGCACUCUUCGUAGACUUCAUCAUAUACAGAUUGCAUCUACUGCAAUAAAGGUAACAGAGACACGGACAGGACCUCUCGGAUGCAGUAAUUACGACAAUCUAGAUUCUGUCAGCUCUGUUUUGGUUCAGAGUCCUGAAAAUAAAAUCCAUUUGCAAGGUCUUCAAGUUAUUCUGCCUGAAUAUCUGCAGGAACGCUUUGUGCAGGCAGCACUGAGUUACAUAGCUUGCAAUUCUGAAGGAGAAUUUAUUUGCAAAGACAAUGAUUGCUGGUGUCAGUGUGGUUCAAAAUUUCCAGAAUGCAACUGUCCUUAUAUAGACAUUCGAGCUAUGGAAGAAAAUCUACUUCGUAUCAGUGAUACAUGGAAUAUUUACAACAAGGAGUUUGAAGAAUCAGACGAAUUUAAGUUUUUUAUGAAAAGGUUACCAAUGAAUUUUUUCCUUAACACAUCCACAAUUAUGCAUUUGUGGACUAUGGAUUCUAAUUUCCAGAGACGUUACGAACAACUAGAAACCAACAUUAAACAGCUUUAUCUGAAGGCACAGAAGACAAUACACAAGCUGUUUAGCCUUAGCAAGAGGUGCCAUAAGCAACCGUUGAUUAGCCUUCCAAGACAAAGAUCCUUAUCAUAUUGGCUAAAUCGAAUUCAGACAUUAUCAUACUGCAAUGAAAAUGGCUUUUUGGGCAGCUUCUCUGAAGAAAUUCAUUCUUGCACGUGCCCCAAUGACCAAAUUUCCUGUCAAACAUAUUUACCCUGUAUUGUUGGAGAUGCUGCAUCCUGUCUAACAUGUGCAACUGAAAACCGCACCAGAUGUGGAAGUUGUAACAAUGGAUAUAUACUUAGUCAAGGAUUCUGUAAGCCUGAAAUAGCUGAUUCCACGGAGCACUAUAUUGGAUUUGAAACUGAUAUGCAGGAUCUGGAGAUGAAAUAUUUACUUCAAAAAAAUGAUCGUAGGAUAGAAGUACAUGCAAUAUUUAUCAGCAAUGAUAUACGGCUUAAUAGCUGGUUCGAUCCAUCCUGGCGCAAGAGAAUGCUCCUUACUUUAAAGAGUAAUAAAUAUAAAGCCAAUAUGGUACAUAUGAUCCUUGGACUUUCCAUCCAGAUUUGCUUAACUAAGAAUAGUACUUUGGAACCAGUUUUAGCUAUUUAUGUCAAUCCUUUUGGAGGAAGUCAUUCAGAAAGCUGGUUUAUGCCAAUAAAUGAAAAUAGCUUUCCAAACUGGGAAAGAACUAAGCUGGAUUUGCCUUUGCAAUGUUAUAACUGGACUUUGACUUUAGGAAAUAAAUGGAAAACCUUUUUUGAAACUGUUCACAUCUACUUAAGGAGUCGAAUUAAAUCCAAUGGUCCAAAUGCUAACGAAAGCAUCUAUUAUGAGCCUUUGGAAUUCAUUGAUCCUUCACGAAAUCUGGGAUAUAUGAAAAUAAAUAACAUUCAGGUCUUUGGUUAUAGCAUGCAUUUUGACCCUGAAGCCAUUCGUGACUUAAUCUUACAGUUGGAUUAUCCCUAUACUCAGGGUUCACAAGACUCAGCUCUUAUACAGCUGUUGGAAAUAAGAGACCGUGUUAAUAAACUAUCUCCACCGGGUCAACAACACUUAGACCUGUUUUCGUGCCUACUUCGACACAGACUUAAGCUGUCUACCAGUGAAGUAGUGAGGAUAAUGUCUGCUUUGCAGACCUUUAAUGAAAAAUUACCAAACUCAGUUGAACAUGAGACAACCAAAUUAUGUAGUUAG